CCGAUAACAAUAACAAUAAUACUAAAAAUAAAAAUAAUCAUUUUACUGGGAUUCCAAGAUAUUCAUUUUCAUCAUUUUCUCCUUACAUAUAUUUUUUCCUCAUUUGAAUCACAAUCUGAAAAUUCCAUCAUUUCAACAAUAAAGUUUUGAUUUUUAUAUCUGGGUAUUAUGUCAUCUUUAAUGGGUUCAGCUCAUUUCACCUCCGGCGUGUCUUUUCCGGCGACUCACCGGCGUUGGAACGGAGGAGCAAGAUUUAGUAGUAAUAGUAGUAGGAGUAAUUUCAAGAUAUUUGCUAGUAAUUCAGAAACAAAACAAGAGCCUGAUCUAAGUGUAAAUGUUAAUGGGCUUCAUAUGCCUAACCCGUUUGUAAUCGGGUCGGGUCCACCUGGGACUAAUUAUAAAGUUAUGAAGAAAGCUUUUGAUGAAGGAUGGGGUGCUGUCAUUGCUAAAACAGUGUCACUAGAUGCUGCAAAAGUUGUUAAUGUUACACCUAGAUAUGCAAGGUUACGAGCGGGAGCAAAUGGCUCGGCCAAAGGGCAGAUUAUUGGAUGGGAGAAUAUCGAACUUAUUAGUGAUCGACCAUUAGAAACAAUGUUGAAGGAGUUUAAACAAUUGAAAGAAGAGUAUCCUGAUAGGAUACUUAUUGCCUCGAUUAUGGAGGAGUACAACAAAGCCGCAUGGGAGGAGCUUAUUGACCGAGUGGAGCAAACAGGGAUUGAUGCUCUUGAAAUCAACUUCUCUUGCCCUCAUGGUAUGCCUGAAAGGAAAAUGGGGGCUGCGGUUGGGCAAGAUUGUGAUCUUCUGGAAGAGGUAUGUGGAUGGAUCAAUGCGAAAGCUACAGUUCCCGUUUGGGCAAAGAUGACUCCAAAUAUCACUGACAUCACUCAGCCAGCCAGGGUGUCUCUGAGAUCCGGGUGCGAGGGUGUAGCUGCAAUUAACACAAUUAUGAGCGUUAUGGGCAUUAAUUUGAAGACAUUACAUCCCGAACCGUGUGUCGAGGGAUAUUCAACUCCCGGAGGCUACUCUUCCAAAGCUGUCCAUCCUAUUGCACUUGGAAAAGUAAUGAGCAUUGCACAAAUGAUGAAGAAGGAAUUUCAAGAUGGAGACUAUUCUCUUUCUGGGAUUGGAGGAGUUGAGACAGGUGGCGAUGCUGCUGAAUUCAUUCUUCUUGGUGCAAAUACCGUUCAGGUCUGCACCGGAGUGAUGAUGUACGGGUACGAUCUGGUAUCAAAACUCUGCUCAGAGCUCAAAGACUUCAUGAGAACUCACAACUUUUCAACCAUAGAAGAAUUUAGAGGGGCCUCUCUUCAAUAUUUCACAACUCACACUGAACUUGUGAGAAUACAACAAGAAGCGAUCAGAGAAAGACGAGCAAUCAAGAAAGGACUGCAAUCUGACAAAGACUGGACUGGAGAUGGAUUUGUGAAAGAAAGUGAAAGUAUGGUUUCUAAUUAAUCAAGAUUUACAAUAAAAGUUAUUUUCUUUUGUUCAAAAAAAAGUUGAUCAUAUGCUGUGGUAUUUGUUCAGAACAAUUUGUUACCUUUUUUCAUUUCUGGAAAGAUUUUAUGUAAAAAUGUACGUCUAACCAUUACCAAUAAAGUGAUUGUGUUCAUAUGCUUUA